UAAUACUAAAAAAAAAAAGUAGUUUUUAAAAUUGUUUCCCCUUGGUCCUUGGUUCUCAAUCUCAAACAGCUUUCUUCGCGGGCAAAGUUUCGCAAAUAAACGAAAAAUUGUGUCGAUCUCGCAAUCAAUCUGGUUGAUGCCCGAUUGUCUCCGUCACUCACUUUCUUCAAUAUGGAGGAGCAGUUCAUACUAAGAGUCCCGCCUUCUGUUGCAGAGCGUUUAGAUCGUCUUUUGAGUGAAAAUACUCCUUCUGACGAAGAUCAAUCAUUGGAUUUGUCUUUUUCUGAGGAUGGCAGAAGUAGCACAUUUGUCAUUGGCAAUGACCAUUUCCCUGCUUCUCUCUUGGAGCUUCCUUGUGUUGUGGAGUCAUACAAAACUUAUGAUGAUUGUGCACUAGUCAAAACUGCAGAUAUUGGUCAGAUGAUUAUGGUUAGAGAAGCAGGUGACAUUGCUCCAGAGAUAGUGGAGUCCAGACAUGGACUCAAUCCUCCUAUGAGGGAUGCUCGAAAACGACGAUUUCGUAGGGAGCCAGACUUAAAUCCUGAGCUUGUCCAGCGUGUUGAGAAAGAUCUGCUGAACAUCAUGGCUGGUGGAACUGUUGAAAAUGCUGAUGUUGAAGUGAAUGAGCAAGAGGAAGAUGGCAAUCAGAAUGCCUGUACUGCAAUUAAGAAAACCUCACCUGCACCUGCAGCAAAGCUUGAUAUUCAAGAGGCAGCAGCUAAUGCCGAGGAGCCUGAGAGAAGUGAUUCUGAUGAAUCAGAUGAUUCAUUGUAAUUUUACACAUUUGUUGAAUUUUUAUGGCAGUCAAACCGCACAUGGUGCACUGAAAAUUGAAUUUGAUUUGGGAAAUACCUCCAGUUCCUCCAAGAUGAAAGCUUACGUCAUUGAAACUAAAUGGCAACACAGAUCAUAGUAUCAUAGAAUAUGACAGACUUGUGGUGCAUUUAGUUGAAUAUGAUAGUAUGAUCAUAUAUUAGCCUAGCAAGACGGUAAUAAAUGAGAAUUACAUGGACUUGUAAUUA